GGUAGAGGCGUCAAGACUGGUUCGACCGACUCUAUGUUGCUGUUGUCGCUACGCUCGCCUGGCUAUAUUUGUUUCUGAAUUCGCUGUGCGCCUGCAGAGCUCGUGCGUCACACCGUCAAUACCACUGCGGUCGCUGCAUCAGUUGUGAGUGACUGUGUGCGAACGUGAAACAAGCACAAAGUCGUCGACGUGUGGACGUGUGACAAGAGGCAUCGCGAUGGGAAAACUAAUGCAAACAGCGGGCUGCAUUAACCUCAUGAAGCUUUUGCUCAUGACGUUCAAUAUAAUAUUUGGCGUGACAGGCCUGGUGCUGCUCAUCCUCGGUGUAUGGAUGAACGUGUCACUGUACCAUGUGCUGAAACUCUCGGCCGACUACAACCGGCACAUGCCAUUGCUCUUCAUUGCCACUGGCCUGCUUGUGCUCCUGGUGGCAGUGCUUGCCUGUGUGGCGACAGCCAAGGGCCAGUCUGUUCUCCUGUACAUUUUCGGCUCUCUGCUGGUGCUGGUCUUUGUGGCGGAGCUGAUGGCUGGCAUAGUGGGAUAUGUGUACAUCCGGCAGGUGCGCGAGGGCAUCGGCCGUGGCAUGAACUCUUCCCUAGCGCACUACAGCGGCGAUGGCGGCAUGGCCGACGAGACAGUGGACUUCGUCCAAGACAAGUUGACAUGCUGUGGCCUGAACAAUCCGGACGACUGGGCCGAGACCGAUUUCUACAAGAAAAACAACCAUUACCCCAAGAGCUGCUGCUCCAGCCGUAGCACCUGCCAGCCAGAAGAUCCUACUCUGCAUCUAGAGGGCUGCUACGUGAAGGUUAUUCGUUUCUUGGACACAAACCUGAGUGCCAUCGCGGGAGGUGCUGUCGGCUUUGCUUUCUUUCAGCUUGUUGGAGUGCUGCUGUCAUUCUGCCUGGCCUCAAAUAUCAACAAGGCCAAGUACGAGCGUGUCUAAGUGCCAUACCAGAUGGGGGUAUGCCGGCUGGUGCAAUGUCACAACAGCAGAUCCACAGUGUUUCUUGCACUGGCACCACGCACGGCGUAGCCAGCACUGUUCUACUAGGCACAACGUCGCAUCUCCCCGCAGCAUCUUGAAACUGUUCUAGACAGAUGGUGGGCCUGUGCAGCUUUCCAGGCACACACAGAGCACCGGCCAGCGUGCUGUCGACUGCACAAUUCGCUUCAAUCACAUUGUACGUGGUCACGCUUGAGGGCUCAUUCACACCGGCUACUGAGAGGUGUUGCACGACUGAUCGCAACUAUCGACCAAAGAGUGACUCACGGCAACCAGUAUAUAUACCGGCAAGCGCAACCUACUCGUUGUCACGUCGAACGGCUCUCGAUAUGUGUCGCUCACCCUACUUGAAUCGCCAUCACCAUGUAAAAUACCAAUGUCCUGGAUCUCCGCUGCUUAUUGGUUCAGUAGGUUUCCGACUGCAGUCGCGCAACUAGCAGUGAGUGACUGACCCAAAACAGUUGUUUUUUGAGCUGACGACCAUUUUCGACCCACUUGGUUGCACAGCCUCUGCGAGUCGCCGGUGUGAAUGAGCCCCCCGACUAUGCCUGCUUUUGCAGCAUUUCAAAACCGCCUGCUUUCUUUUUGUGAAACUACUUGGGUGCCCCUCUUGGCAGCCUUGAAAUGGUCGCAUGGAAGGAGAAGCUGCCCACUGCAUGAGAGGCACGGCUCUGGACCGGUAGGCUAUGUGGUGGUCACGAUAGGGCCGCUGUGCUGUCAUCCUGCCCUGUGCAUACUUAACGUAAUGCAGGUGUUUGCGGAAAUCGAAGUGUAGGUGCAUGCAUGGAGCCAGGUAUUGGUAGGUAUAGUUGUGAGCAGUAUGAAAGGGAACACCAAAAUCGUAACUCUAAAAAGUUUGCACAUUUUUGGGCGCAUGUUGUCCCCGAACAGUAAUCGUCAUCUGUCUUGCUUGUGUUUCCUUUCUUGAAAGCUCUGCGCUGGCUACUUUCCUGUCGAGAAUGCCAUGUCACGUGAUAAUGCACAUGCCGUUCUUGACCUGAAGGUACCGAGUGUGCUGCGUUAAAGAAAGGAAAGGCACGCAAGAUGGGUGACGAUAAUUGUUUGGGGCCAAGAUAAGCUCCAAAGGAUGUGAACUCAGGGUGAUUCUUAAGCAAUUACCCCUUUAGCUUGAAUUUGAAUAUGAAAUCUUAGUUUGCAAAGCUUUCCUGUUGAGCAUGCAGUUUCAUUGAGCACUUCUAUGCGGGGCACGUGCACUAAGCCACCAUGGCCUCUGGAAAGCAAUUUCGGUGUUCUCUUUCAUUUUGCUUGAGGGGGCACAUUGUCCAGGUUGUACAUAUCAGUGCAAAAUGUGUGAUCACAUUCCUCGCUCCAUGCUUAGGCCACAAAGAUGUUCAACUGGAACAGCUUGUUUUUGGGCGAUGCUAAAUGUAAGAGCCUCGGCUCAUGUCUCUUCCACGAUUUCCCACCAUGGUACGUACUUAGGGCUGCAGCCACAGUUAAAAAGUGCUGGAAUCUUCUGCUUUCAUGCAGCCGUUUCCAAAUCAUCUUAAAAUUUUUAUCGCUGGUGUUGUUAUUUACAUAAUCCUUACACCUCAAAAAGUCACUCUUUUUUUACCUUGUAUAUUCAUCACGGUGGUUGGAGUCGCAUUUUUUUUCCGUCUGCAAGUACAAUAUGGAAUCUCGAGGGGUCCUAGCAGCACAUUAUUUCUGCCUGGGAGUUCUUAAGCAACUUUAUUGGUCUCAACUCGCUGCAUUCUGCUUGAAUUGCAUUUAUGCGUGCAUGCACAGAGUGCUGCACACAAGUCACUCCAGCUGGUCAUCAUGUUGUGCAAUCGGGGCAUGCAGUCUUUAAUCUCAUGCCCAGCGGUCUCCUGCACUUCUCACUCUGCCUGGGAGUUGUGCAAGAGCCGUGCUUGUUACGUUUCCCGGUGUUUGUGCCUCGAUACUUAGUCGGUCUUGAUUGUAACCUGAUAGUGUGGGAUGGUGAAUCUCUUAUUUUUAAUUUUUAUUUUUUGGUGCAUCAGUGCCUGUUUUGGUACAUUGUUUUUCUCUGUACGCAUUAAGCACUUCAGCCCUUGGCACUUGGUGGUUUUCACUGGAAGGCAAAACAGCUCAUGCUGUAGAUGUAACUGUCAAUUACAUGAAGGUACCAUAAAACCCUGCGUAUUAUACAUCUUGAACAUUAAUGCGAGAGACAAUGGAAGGGUAGUAGACAAGGAAAAAGGAAAUCUUGUCUGCACGGGAUACAUGUAGCGCUUGCGUCAUGGAAACAUUUGUGUCACACUUUCUGCUAUUUUCCGUUAUACUUCUGGUGUCCUCUGUUUCUGUAAUCAUUUUUUCCUACUGUUUAGAACAUUGUAAAAGGGUUAACAAUUGUUUUUAUUCUCAUAUAGCACAAUGGGUAGACUUUACAGGAGAGAGAAAAAAAGAUGUAUCUUUAUGUGCGGGUUUUUAUGUUAGUUGAUCAUUUGUUAAUUGGUCAAAGAAGAGAAGGAUGGCUGUGGCUUCUACUUUUUCGAUAGAAUUGAGGUCAUUGACAAAUAUCUGUGGCUGGUUUAUUGGCUUGUUCACAUUGUACUAGAAGUCUUUUUCAAUUUCAGCUUGGUGAUUGUGUAUGUCUUGCUUCUCUUAAAAUAAAAUGCUGUAACAGCA